AGGCAGAUUUAUAGAGAAGAAAAUUGUAAUAGGUGAAACACUUAAAGGAACGCACUCUAGUAUGAACUGGGUGGAUCGAAUGAGCCAUUUGUUCGAAAAUGCCCCAAAUGAAGAUCGGGAAAAGUACCCAUUUGUAAGACAGAACACCAGCGACGCUGUAUGUAGUGACUUCUAUCCCUCUUUCAAAGACAACUUGUACAAGGUAAUGAACUACACUUUCGAUGUAGAUGAAAAAUAUUUGAAACUGCUGAAGUUAGAUGCCGCUGGAAUAAAAAAUCUGACGGAAAACGAUUCAAACUCAUCUUAUCCCGUCAUCGCUACCGCCGCAUCAUCAAACCACUACCACGAGAUUCAAGGCUUAAUCCGGGAUUAUCACAGAAACCUCUUGCCAAUCUACCCGGGCAUGAAAUUAAUCUUUUAUGAUUUGGGAAUGACUAUCCAGCAAAUAAUACAAAUGAAUAAACAUUGCAAGUGCGAAAUUCGACGAUUCCCUUUCUAUAUUUUCCCGCGUCAUAUUCGAAUCAUCAAGGGGUAUGGGUGGAAACCGCUGAUCAUACAGUUGCUGUUACUUGAAUUCGACUUCGUCAUGUGGGCAGAUGCGUCUGUGAGAUUUAAUGGAAAUCCCCUAGAUAAACUUUUUAAAGGUGCAAACGAAAUAGGAGUGCAGGCCGUUCCGGGUUGGGGCUCAAUUGCAGUUCGCACAAAUGCGCGCACCUUCACAGCCCUUGGGGAACAAGCCUGCUUAUUCGAUUACCCGGAAUUUGAAGCCACGUGGAUGGCAUUCAAACGGUCUGAAUUUACUCUUACCGCUGUCAUGAGGCCCUGGAUAUUGUGUGCUUUGCAGUAUGGAUGUAUGGAUUUCAAGAAGUCUAAAAUUCAUCUUAGAUGCCCCCUUGGCCGGGAGCAGAAAUUUGGAUCUUGUCAUAGGUUUGAUCAAUCUGUGAUAGGCAUAUUACUUACCAGACUAUUUAAUUAUAAAUCACAUCUCUGUCAAUUCAUCGUGAACGGUAUCGGGGAUAUCAAAAGAGAUGAAUAUGUUGUAUAUUUUCCAGAAUCUUGAUAAUGUUUUUCUUUUACCUGUAUGUUAAAAUCACCUUUAUAUUGCACAGGGUGCACAAUCGAACUUGUAAAGGAUAAUUCUCAAAGGAUGAUUCCUAAAGAAUAAUUCCCAAACGAUAAUUCGUGGUCUGUUCAUAAAACGGCAUUAUGUCCUCGUAAGAAUAAUUAUGCUGCAGGAUUAAAAUCAUUACAGUAAGCAGUGGAUAGAACUAUAUUGCCGAUGUUCAAAUCAACUACAAGUUGAAAUACCACCAUAAUUGGUAACUUUCAAAAGUUAUGUACCCUUUUUGAAGGCAUAUAAAUUGGGUUUAAAUUCAUCAGAUCUCAGAGAGAGAGA